GGGAGUUGUCAUUUUCCAACUUUGUUUACGAGUGUCUAUAUGUCCGCAUGUAUCAUUUGAUAUAUGUGUGUGGUGUGUAGGUGCAUAAUGUCGUCGAGAACGUCGACAAGCAUGAGCAUGAGUCCCGAGACCCACAUGCGCUUAGCAGAACCGUUUCCUCCUUGUGCGAAAUCGGUGCGACAUUAUAACGGUUGUAAUUGGAUCCAUGAAGCAACCAGAGAGGACUUUGAAGAGGACCCAUGGAUGACCGUCGUCCCACACAUGAAGCGACAUCUUGACGAUUGGAGCGAUGCUACUUGGAACGCGAUGAAGAGUGACUCCCCUCGGGCAAGCUAUUACAAGUUUGUCAAUAUGUUGGAGUUCGGGAACCUCAUUACACUGCCUGAUGGUGUUCUCGAGCACAAGUUCCUGAACCGUCAGCGCAAAACACUCCGCUGCAUUAGCCGCUAUGGUAGUCGCCUCGACUGCAACUACAUCACGUCUUCCCCACGAACUUGGGGAAGUUCGAGGAAACAAGAGUUGGAGGACUGCACUCGUCAUUGUUCAUUUUUGGAGCAGUACCCACUCCGUUGCCCCGAGAUUUCUCCACAAGCUAGGUCAUACUAUGGUGUGCGGUUGACUGUUGCCGGAUGUGAUUUCGCCAGAGUGCUAUUUGUCACUACUUCGAACAAAAGUAGGAAACUCGUCGAUGCAGUUGUGCGUGUGUCACGGAACGAGGUGGUACUUGAGGGGUCCAAGUUCGUGUCGUUGCGGUACCUCGGUGUAGAUGGGUGGUCAGAUUUGGGGUUUGGGGCGGGGGCUGUGAAGACCCCUUUCUACCAAGAUCUUGCAGUAGGAGGUGUUGUUUCGGCACAAGAGUUUUUUGACUUGGUGGAGCAGAGGAACAUGGAGGAUCCCCGCAACGUUCAAGGCGACCAACAGUUGUCGCUGCCUCUCCAGAUGUGCACCGGGUUCAAAUCCAGCAGUGCUCCCACAGACGGGGGAGAUUUAGGUUACGGUCCUUCUUCGCAACUCCGUCGGGGCGAGGCCCGCGGUCACUUCGACAACAGCGACGACGAAGAACAGGAGAAGACACGGCCUUUGCCGCUUAGGCGGGGAGACCGGUCUGUCCUGAGUAUUCCUGGGGUGGAAGGACACACCCCGGUUCGUAACCGGUCGUCGACGUCAGCCGGGGGGGAAGAGGAGGGUGUAGAACAGUCUGCGCAUAAGAGGAGGGGAGGUUCUCAGGAAGAGGGUGCGGGUUCUGCAAAGAAACAUAAGGCAAGGACCCCCCAGACGACGGGGGUGGAAAGGAAGGGAGUUGAGGGGCAGGAGGGCACAUCGGAUCGGAAACGCCCGACGUCGGUGCAGAAACAACCUCAACCGGGUGCUCUCGAGGCGAAGGGUCCCAUCGACGUCGACUCCAAGUACUACCUGGAAUGGAAAAACGGUGUGCGGACAAAGCGGGAGUUCUUCAUUAGCCCAUCGUGGGUCGUUGACAUCGGUGACUGGGAACCAUCGUACAACCAACAGUCAUUGGAUCCCGUGCACACACAGAUUAUCAUUGACACGAUGAUGAUGGCGUUCUCGCAAGCCGAGAAGACGUACAAGUUGCCUACCCUCAAGCUGGCGCCACUGGGGCCGGAAAAACCAAAGCCGAACGUGCGGGCGGAUCGUCUGAAGCCAGAGGACACGAAGGACGAGCUCGCAGACCAAUACGAUUAUUACGCUGUUUUCGACCAGCACAACGCAGCUGCAGCCAAGGUGCUGCUCGGCACGGACGUCGCAUUGAGGUACCACUUCGACAGGUAGCCUGCACAUUUGGUUUACUUGUAUUUUCUGGUCAGCUCGGAGGACAACAAGAAGGGCUUGAAGGUGCCUCCAAGACAACUGAAACUAUCAAUGAAGGACAUUUGGUGGU